CUAUCUUGUUCAUCAAGGAUGGAAGGAUUCAUCGAUGGACAUUAUUUCGAAAAAUGGGAUGGAAUGGUCAUUGGCCUUCAAGUUAAAGAAAUAUUAGUAGAGGAAAAGGAAACAGAAUAUCAGACAGUCAGUGUUUUUGAGAGCAAGACAUUUGGUAAUGUACUUGUGAUUGAUGAAGUGAUCCAAUGCACUGAAAGGGAUGAGUUUCCCUAUCAUGAAAUGAUGGCACAUUUACCUUUAUUCUCUCAUCCUAACCCAGAAAAGGUACUGAUUAUUGGUGGAGGAGAUGGUGGAACAAUUCGUGAGUUGGCUAAGCAUUCACUUGUUAAGGAGAUCCAUCAGUGUGAAUUAGACAAAUUUGUCAUACAAGUAUCAAAGAAGUACCUGCCUAAGCUAGCAGUUGGUUACUCUUCUCCAAAGUUAGUAACCCAUUUAGAGGAUGGGAUGACUUUUAUAGAUCGCUAUGUAGAGGAAUUUGACAUCAUCAUUACUGACUGUUCAGACUAUGAUUCAGAGACUUGCACAAAACUUUACGAAGAAGCUUAUUACAAAAAAAUAAAGAAAGCUUUGAAACCAGACGGAGUCAUAUGUUCUUUAGCUGAUUGCAUGCUUACUGAUGCUGAGUUUAUGAAGAGAUUCACUCAAACAAUUCGAAAACAGUUCCCAGUGGUUCGAUAUGCCUUUGGGGUGUACACCCCUGUAUACAUUGGUGGCCAAUGCGGCUUCCUAGUAGCCAGUAAAGAUAAAAAUAAAGUAUUAGAAGAUCCAGUACGUCAGUUAACUGAUGAAGAUGUUAAAGAUAUGAAUCUACGUUAUUAUAAUACAGCAACACACAAAGCUUGCUUUGCACUCCCUCAAUAUGCCAAAGAAGCACUCAGGGAAUAUUAUAACUAAAUUCUAUAAUAAUUUACAAGACUGUAAUUUUGGUAAACAUAGGUAAUUUAGGAAAGACCUAUUAAUGUAGCAAUUACUAUCCAAUAUCACAAAUAUUUCUCUAUCAUUCAGCAAGUAA